GGUAAAAGAUAAGGUAGGAACACAUUCAAGAGCAACGCAGCACAGACGUGGGGAAAUACUCAACCGGAAGCAGGACCUAAAUGAAAAUAAGCCGCUAUAAUGCGUUUGCUUCUGCGCUCUUCGCUACGGUACACAUCGGCAUUUCUUGGUUCGCAUACUGCCUUUAAAAGCGAGCUUGUCACACAAGCAAUUACCUCCUAUCUGAUCAAAACAAUGCAUUAUCAAACCGAAGAGCGAGGACGACCGAACUCCUCUGACUACAGGAUAUAUUUUAAAACCUCUGAUGGGAAAUACAUCUCUCCCUUUCAUGAUAUUCCACUUCUCGCUGAUGGAGAUCAGGAAAAUGAUGUGCCAUCUAAAAAACUGAAGAAGAAUGAGAAUGAGGUUCUGUAUAACAUGGUUGUGGAGGUACCUCGAUGGUCCAAUGCCAAAAUGGAGAUUGCAACCAAGGAACCACUGAACCCGAUCAAGCAGGAUGUGAAGAAGGGCAAACUCCGAUAUGUGGCCAACGUGUUUCCUUAUAAAGGUUACAUCUGGAACUACGGGGCGCUCCCACAGACAUGGGAAGACCCGAACCACAUGGACAAGGACUCCAAGUGCUGCGGAGACAACGACCCCAUAGACGUCUGCGAAAUCGGCACGAUGGUGUGUUCCCCAGGUCAGGUGAUCCAGGUGAAAGUGCUAGGGGUCCUGGCCAUGAUCGACGAGGGAGAGACGGACUGGAAGCUGAUAGCCAUCAACGCUGAUGACCCAGAGGCCCCCAGCCUCAACAGUAUCGAAGAUGUCCGCAAGAGCAGACCCGGUCAUUUGGAGGCCACGGUCGACUGGUUUAGAAAAUACAAGGUUCCAGACGGCAAGCCCGAAAACCAGUUUGCGUUCAAUGGACAGUUCCAAGACAAGGACUUUGCUGUGGAGGUCGUUAAGUCCACUCACGAGCACUGGAGGGCACUGGUGCAGAAGCAGACUAAUGGUGGCCAGAUAGAUUGUAAAAACGUCUCUGUCUCCGAGAGCCCUUUCAAAUGCAGUGGCGAGGACGCCUGCAAUGUGGUCAGAUCGGCUCCUGCUGGUGGUGAGGCACUUCCUGUAUCUCCAGAAGUGGACAAGUGGCAUUUCCUUUCCAAGUGAUUCUGGACUGAAGUCCUGCGAUGUGAAAAGCUAAAGAUACUUUUGUCCAAUAUUCAAAUGAAGCACUUCAAGUACUGUAUUUAUUUUUUUGUUUAGUUACUGCAAAUAUUUUUGUAUUCAGCUGAUUUUAUUUCAAAUGGGGGAUUUAAGUGUCAAUUCUGUAUGAAUAGUUGUUUUGGUUAUACGCUACAUACAGUUACUGUUUGAAAUUACUGAUACAACAAAUAAUUUGGUUAUUCCCAUCUAAAUUUGUAAAUGAUGAUUAUAUCAUGUUUUAUUGCAUUAUGUUUGAGACUGACGUUCUUGUACAGACAGCCCUGUUGUAUUUUAUUUAAAAGUGCCAAAAUGCAUUUCAGUAAUGGGUUGUAUGCUAUUGAAAUAAGAACACAUUCUUUGAUAUUCAUCAUUUCUCAAUUCGAAAACUAAAUUUGCACAAAAAAUAACGUUUUCUUAAUGGUUGGAUCCACCUUCUUUUGAUAAAUAAAAGCAUCCAGGUGUAA